AUGCUGGUCCUCACCAUCUACAUCCUCACCUUUGCCGUGGGGUUCCCGGCCAACGUGUUCACCUUCACCACCCUGGUGGCCAAGGCCCGGCGGCACCGCCCGUCCCCGUCCGACCUGCUGCUGCUCAACCUGACGGCGGCCGACCUGCUGCUGCUGCUCUUCCUGCCCUUCAAGAUGGCCGAGGCGGCGGCGGGGAUGGUGUGGCCGCUGCCGGCCGCGCUCUGCCCCGUGGCCAACUUCUGCUUCUACUCCAGCAUCUACCUGAGCAGCCUGUUCCUGACGGCGCUGAGCGUCCGGCGCUACCUGGGCGUGGCGUUCCCGCUGCGGCUGCGGGGCCGGGGCCGCCUGGGCCGUGUGGCGGCCGCCAGCGCCGUGCUCUGGCUCCUGGCCUGCUCCCACUGCUCCAUCGUCUUCAUUGCCUCCUACCACGCCCCCUCCACCCCCCCUGCCCCCUCCGUCCCCUUCAGGUGCUACGACGACUUCUCUGAGGACCAGCUGAGCUUCGUCCUCCCGCUGCGGCUCGAGCUCUUCCUCGUCCUGUUCCUGGUGCCGUUCGGCGUCACCGUGUUCUGCUACGUCGGCUUCGUGCGGGCGCUGCUCGCGCGCCCCAACAUCCCGCUGGCGAAGCGCCGGCGCGCCGUGGGCCUGGCCGUGGCCACCAUGGUCAACUUCGGGCUCUGCUUCGCCCCCUACAACCUGUCGCACGUGGUGGGCUUCGUGCAGGGCCGCAGCCCGCCCUGGAGGGUCUACGCGACGCUCCUGAGCAGCCUCAACGCCGCCAUCGACCCCCUCGUCUUCUACUUCUCGUCCGGCGCCGUGCGGGGGGCCCUGGCGGGGGUGGGGGCGGCGCUGCUGGGUAGGGUGUGGGGGGGGACGGGGGGGAGCCGGGGGGGCGAGGGGGGGCAGCAGACAUGA